AGAAAUCUUGCACUUUUAUCAGAAGCAGAGAUGGACCUCGGCCCAUUUGAAGAAAACAACUCUGUCAGCUGCAGACUGUCCUCAGAGAUCCCAAGUAUGUGCCUGGAAGAGGACUGCUGUCUGGGCAUCGAUGAGGCUGGCAGAGGACCUGUUUUGGGACCUAUGGUAUAUGGGAUUUGUUUCUGCCCAAUUUCCAAAAAAGAAGACCUGAAGGAUAUGAAAGUAGCAGAUUCAAAGACCCUUACUGAAGCAGAAAGGGAAAAUCUCUUUGAAAAAUUGGAUGAAGCCAAGAGUUUUAUAGGCUGGGCUCUGCAGAUCCUCUCUCCUAACACAAUUUCUACCAGCAUGUUACAAAGAUCAAAAUACAAUCUGAAUGCCCUUUCGCACGAUACAGCUAUUGGAUUGGUUCAGUAUGCCCUCGACUGUGGAGUACAAAUCAAAGAGGUUUUUGUUGACACAGUGGGACCUGCAGAUAAAUAUGAAGACAAGCUUUCUAAGCGGUUCCCUGGUAUUACAGUUACAGUGAGACCCAAGGCUGACUCACUCUUUCCUGUUGUCAGUGCAGCCAGUAUCUGUGCAAAGGUGGCCAGGGAUCGAGUUGUAAAAGGCUGGAACUUCACUGAACAACUCGGUCAGGUGGACACUGACUACGGAUCUGGAUAUCCUAAUGACCCAAAGACAAAAGCCUGGCUGUUAAAGUACCUAGACCCAGUGUUUGGUUAUCCUCAGUUUGUUCGCUUCAGUUGGAGCACGGCGCAAACUUUGAUGGACAGCAAAUCAGUUACAGUUCACUGGGAUGAUGACGAGGAGGGAGGAGAAAAGGGUGCACAGAGGCUGAAAAACAAGUCCAUGUUGUCUUACUUCGGUUCCUCAGCAGCAGCUCAGAGUCAAACUGCUGCUCACCGCUUCUUUUCGGACCGUAGAUUGAAAAACGACACACUUUAAACAUAAUUAGGUAAAACAGAAACUGUCAUCCAACUCACCAUUUUGUUUAAUCCAUGUAUUUCAGUAAAAUAUUGUAUAUAUUAACAGUCAUUUUUUACAAAUGG